AUGAAAUUUAAUCGGCAUUUGCAGUCGAUUCGUGUAGCAGAGAAGAUUACACAAAGGGUUGAGGGGCAGUUAUCUAAAUCACAGAAAGAAUUCCUUCUGCGUCAGCAGAUGAGGGCUUGUCUUGUUGAAGCUUUCAAUGAUUUCAUAGAUGCAGCUUGUCUUGUUGAAGCACCGUUGGUAAACUCUGAGUACACUUGGUUUGGCCCUUUUAAUAAGAAAGCACGCCUAGACAGAGCUCUUCUGUCCACUGACUGGUUUAGUCUUGGUGAUUGGGUUCUGGCUGGACUAAACAGGAAAACGUCGGAUCACUCCCCUGUAUUGCUAAAAAAUUCAGCUUUUGAUUGGGGUCCGCGUCCUUUCCGUUUCUUCAAUAGCUGGCUAGAAAGUAAGGACCUUAUACAUCAGAUGCGUUCUGCUUGGAAUUGCAACAAACAAGCUUCCAUUCAGCAUAAAUUCAAAUCUAUUAGAUGGGUGGCAAGGGACUGGAACAAGCACAAAUUGGGAAACAUAGAUAAAAGAAUUCUGGAAGCGGAGAAACAGAGGGAUCAGCUAGACAACUAUAUCGGUUCUCCUUCUAUUACUUCAAGCGUUGCACCGGAAUUAGAUAAAUUGGCUAUAGCCAAGAGGCAAGCGUUCAACUCCAUAAAGAAAAUCAAAUAUGACGACAUAAUCCAUGAAUCACCGCCCCGAAUUAAACAGGUAUUUUUUGAGCACUUCAAAAAUUUCCUGGGUGAAGUACAUGAAGAAGAGAUCUUUACCAUGGGGGACCUUUUCAGCAAGAAAUUAUCAAUCAUCCAGAGCAACCAGUUGGUAGAGAAGUUCAGCUUAGAGGAGGUUGAGAUUGCUUUACACAGUACGGACAAGACCAAAGCGCCAGGUCCUGACGGGCUAAAUGCAGGGGUCAUUUCCUCUCUGUGGCCGUGGAUCAAAAGCGAAGUCAUGGCAUUCUUUCAUGAGUUCCACGCUUCUGGUAAAAUUCCCGAUGGUAGUAACUCAUCAUUCAUAGCACUAAUUCCGAAAAAGCUUGAUCCUAUAUUGCCUUCGGACUUUAGACUGUUAGGUCCAAUCAGACGUAGAAGGGGGGGUUGA